AUGGAGCCGAGACGCCGAGACGUCGCGACGGAGACGGCGAUGGAGGCGGCGCAGGCGAGGCAUCGCCUCCAACGGGGACGGAAGAGUGCCUCGACAGAGGCAGCCGUCACCGUCACCGUCGCCGUCGCCGUCGCCAUCGGCGUCGGCGAGGAGGGCAAGAUGCGAGAAAGCCGACUCGAGGCCCGGGAACGUGUGUAUAUCGACCGUGCGGCGGAGAUAGGUGAAAAAACACCGAGUGGAGACGGCCCAGGCGACGAGAAGACAGACGCCCGGGAUGUCCAACAGACGCGUAGGUCGGACGACGAGAGCGGCGGGAGAGAGAGGCUGGCAGGCUGGCAGGCUGCUGGCAGACUGGCAGGCCGGAGACAGCCAAUCGCCAGAGAGGCGGGCACUCGGGCGAGCAGGAGACGCGCAGCGAGCCUGGCGCGAACAGGUGAGCAGGCCGUCGACACCGCUACGCCCGCCCGGCUAGACGGGCAGGCAGGCGAGGGCGUAGCGUCGCGCUGGUAG